ACUGACUGACAGAAAGCUACACAAGAAACACAGGAGUGAAGAAACGCCUGAACAACAAGAAGACUCAAGACUAAACAGAAGAAAGAUGCUGUGCUCUCAUGGAUUCCCGUCUGCUCUCAGUCCAUUCAUGGACUUCUCCUGGCCUGUACGCAGUCUGUGGCCAGAGGUCAGACCUCUGUUCUACCAGCAGCAUGUCAUGCAGAGAGACCUACAGGAGCUACGCAGCAGCCUGCAGCUGAUGGACAAACUUCAACGGCAGAUCCUUGAGGACACAGAGCCUUUCAGGAGCAGCGUGGCUCUGCAGCCAGUCUCCUACCAGCUGGACAAAGAGGGAGAGCACUUUGGCCUAACCCUGGACACUCAGGGCUUUUCUCCAGAAGAUCUGUCAGUCCGGCAGGUGGGCAGGAAGCUGAGAGUCAGCGGAAAGACAGAGAAGAAACAAGAGGACGGGAAAGGCUCCUACUCUUACAAACUGCAGGAGUUCAGACAGGAGUUUGAUCUGCCUGAAGGGGUGAACCAUGAAGACGUCAGCUGCCACCUUUCUCCAGAUGGAAAGCUCCACAUCCAGGCAGCCAAAGUUCCUUGUAUUGAGGGGACGGAGAGAGAGCUGACUAUCAAGAGGAGCUCAGAGGAGGAACCACAGCAGAGUGUGUGUUCACAGGCAGAAGACAGCAGAGCAGAGACUCAGAACAGAUCAUAGAAAAAACCUCAAAACAUGGACUCACAUGUCGAUGUGCCAAUUGAUAUAUAUUGUACUGUUCUUGAUUGCUGACACUACAAGGUGUAAAGUGUACAAGUAUACAUAUUGAGUCAUUUGUCUUUACUACAUUUUUUUUCUGUUAUAAUGUGAAACUCAAAUAUUUUAGAAGAAUUUGAA